AUGGGUAAUGAACAACAAGGUGGUUCGAGCCAUCAUUUUAAUAUGAAUACUUUAAAUGAUGAAAGAAGACAACAAGCGAGACAAAAUUCUUCAUCGACAAACCUUGAACAAGUUCCUUUAUCAAACCAAGUUUCAACUACCACCACCAUGAAGAAAUCUGGAUGGCAACUCGCACGAGAUAUUUCAAUGAAUAUUUUAUCUAGACAAGGAACGAAAUUAAGUUACAAACAGGGUAUAGCAGCACCUAGUUUAGCUAGUCAACGAUCUAUAACAAGAAAAUAUUCAUCACAUGGAAUAUCAACGAUUUCAAAACCUAUACAAUCAUAUCAAACGCCUCGAAUGCCAACAGAAAAGGAUGUAGCUCAAAUUGCUAUUUCAUAUGAAUUAUCAUGUUCAUCUUGUGAAGGUGCUUGUGUUGGUAAUUAUGUUCGUUGUCGUAUUUGUACUAAAGCAUAUCAUUCUAAAUGUCUUUUUGAACGUGGUCAUGUUAAUGAUGAAUUAUUUUAUUUACCACGUCUUGCAAAACAAGAUUGGAGUUGUCCAGAAUGUAGUGAUCUUACUCGAUUACUUAAUCAAGAUGAACUUGAUAGUUUAAUUCAGGCAUUCGAACAAAUCGAUGAAAAUAAAGAUGGUUAUAUUAUUUUAGAUGAAUAUCUUUCAUUUAAAUCAAAUAAAACCAAAUCAAAUGAUUUUGAAUUAUUUAUUCAACGUAAUCAUGAAUUAGGAAAAAAAUAUUUUAGUUUGAUGGAUGCAAAACAACAAGGUGUUGUUUGUUGGGCAGAUUUUGCUCUUUUUUAUAGUUGUAAAUUUAUUGCUGCUAAAGAUCAAACUGAAUUAACAUCGAAAUUAACUGCAAAAGAAUUGGUUAUUGCAAAAAAUCUAUUUUUCAAAGAUCCACGAAAAACAUUUGAUAAUAAUUCUAAUAUAAUUAUAACAAGAGACUAUUUUAAAGAGAUUCAUCGUGAUCUUAUUCAAGUGCUCGAAAAAAAAUAUGGUAUCGAAUUUAUUGAUGCCGUUUUAGGCUAUGACGAGGAUAUGGAAGGCACAUCUAGAAAAAAUUCUCUAAUGAAUUGGGGAGAAUUUAUUCGUGAAAUUUCUCUUCUUAUUUUACUCAAUCGUUCAAAUAAUAAUAUUACAAAUAAUCAAGUACGUCGUGCAACACUUCCUGCUCAUCUUACAAAUGCAGUUGUUGUUUCACGUCCUCAGUUGCCUUCUAUUGGAAUAGAUUCAUCAAGUAGAGUACAAUUUUCAAGAUUAGAUAGUACACCAGGCACACCCAUGUUACCAAAUAUAUCAUGUGAUGAAUCAUUUCGUAAACAUGCAAAAAUAUUAGAAAAAAUAAACAAACGAGAUCAACAAGAAGAAUUAACAAGAAAAAAAAUGGGUGCAUCUAUGAGUUUUACUAUUGUUGAAAGUAUUGAUGAAGAAGAAGAUAUAAAAUUACCAAAAUUAAAAUCUAAUGCUCGAGAUGAUCGAAGAACAAUUACGGAUCCAUGGACUUCAGUUAAAGAAUUACAACAAUUAAGAAAUCAACCCGUACUUGUUAAAACAACUCGUAUUAGUGUUAUUAAAAUUUGA